AUGGCUGAAGUAAAUGACCAAAGGAUAUUUCAGUCGAAUCAUUUGAUUGUUGGCUCGAAUUUACCCAGAAAUCUAUCAUCUUCUAUCAGAAAAGUUGGUGCGGGAAUAUCACAUAAACAGGAACUAUCAGCGAUUAUUGGUCUAACCUCGUUGGUUUGGGUCAAUAAGUUGGAAGAAGGUUUGCUUAACGUACCGGAAUUACAAGAUAAGAGUGAUGAAGCGUCGUCUGCAUCUCUGAUGAGGCAUCAUAUUCAGCAAGCGAUUGACAAUGAAUCGAAACAGAUUCUUACUUUAGAUGAGAGCAAUGAAGAAUCUGCAGGAUAUUUAUUAUAA